UAUGGAGGGCGUCUGGUGAUCACCAUGCCUCAUGGAAACAGUAUGGUGGUUCACUUCAAAGACAAACUUCUCAUCCGCCACAAGAAGAGAUGGUCUCAGGUUAUGUACUUGUACUAUCUCCUGGGCUGGAAAGUUGCGACCAAAAAAGACAUUCGUGCACAACAUAAACCAAAAGAGAAGAACAACACCUACAUCCUGGCUUUAGAUGGGGACACAGACUUCCAGCCGGCUGCUGUGAUGCUGCUGAUCGAUCGUCUGAAACUGUACCCACGUGUCGGGGCAGCGUGUGGCAGGAUUCACCCCACCGGAUCAGGUCCCAUGGUGUGGUACCAGAAGUUUGAGUACGCAGUGGGCCACUGGCUUCACAAGACAGCAGAGCACGUGUUUGGCUGCGUGCUGUGCAGCCCGGGCUGCUUCAGUCUGUUCAGAGCAGCAGCGCUGAUGGACGACAAUGUGAUGAAAAGAUACACCACCAAAUCCUCAAAGGCUCAACACUACAUCCAGUACGACCAAGGUGAGGACCGCUGGCUGUGUACUCUGCUGCUGAAGCAGGGAUGGAGAGUAGAGUACAACGCGGCCUCUGACUCUUACACCAAUGCCCCGGAGGAGUUUAAAGAGUUUUACAACCAGCGUCGACGAUGGGGUCCGUCAACCAUGGCCAACGUUAUCGACUUGAUAGGCUCUGCCAGCCUGAUUUCCCAUAGGAACCCGUCCAUUUCCAAACCUUACAUGCUGUACCAGUUCUUCACCUUGGCCUCGUCCAUACUGGCACCUUCCACCGUCGUCCUUAUGAUUGCAGGUACUUUGACUGUGCUGCUUGACGUUCACCCCAACAUUGCUUUGGUCAUGUCUGUAAUACCUCCUGCUAUCUUCCUCGGCAUCAGCUUCAAGAUCAAGUCAGACACUCAGAUUCUUAUUGCAGCAGUCCUGAGCAUCCUGUACGCCUUCAUCAUGAUGAUAUCAGGGAUUACCAUAAUAGGCAACAUGGUGAGGGACCAAACAAUCCUGACUCCCAGCAGCAUCUUCAUCAUCUUCCUUGCCAUGUUUUACCUCAUUACUGCAAUCAUGCAUCCUCAGGAGAUUGGCCUGGUGUGCUUCGGCUUAAUUUACAUAAUCUGCAUCCCCAGUGCUUACCUGCUGCUGGCUAUUUACUCCAUGGUCAACAUGAACAAUGUGUCUUGGGGCACCCGGGAGACAGCUCCUGCUGCUGACGCAGUGGUAGCCUCCACUGCACAAACCAAAGCCCAGAAAGCCAAAAGCACCUUAACACGAUUAUUCUCGGGGGCCAAAUGCUGUAGAAAACUGUGUCGGAGAGGCAGUGCAGAAGAGCUCAUCCUCAGCCAGGAGACCGUGGAAUCUGAGCCUCAACCCCAAAACACUAUUGUGGGGGAUGUGAGACUGUCUGAGGAAGAGCAGAGGCGUAAAGAGCCUGCUUUCACCUGCCCUAACCAGAGUUGGGUUGCACAACUGCAGAGUUUGUCUGAUAUUCGCCUGCAGGAGGAUACGCUCGACAAGGAUGAGGAGCAGUUCUUCAUAGAACUGACAGCCAAAUACCUGGAGCCUCUUCCUGAGAACAAAAAGAAACAGGAAGAAAUGGUGGAAGAACUCAAGGGGUUGAGAAACAAGAUGACCUUUGUCUACUUCAUUUGCAACGCCUUCUGGCUCAUAGUGACCUUCACUCUCCAGUUAUUAGAGAUUUCCAUCUUUAUCCAGGUGCCAAAGCUCAACCUCAACCUGGAGUACACCGGAGAGUACAUAUUCAUCGACCCUGUCGCCUUCAUGUUCAUCCUGGCCUUCGCUUUGCUGGUUAUAAUCCAGUUCAUUGCCAUGCUGUACCACAGAAUACACACCCUGAUCCAUUAUGUGGCAUUCCUAGAUACUGACUCCCUGUUUGAAAAGCAAAAACAGCCACAGGUCAAAGAAGAUGAAAGCUAUGACAGUGAUGACAGCGAGGAUGUAAUGUUUUCAAGUGUCCUCAACAGAAGCAUUGGCGGUGGAACUCUGGUGUAAAACUAUAAUAUUAAAGAACCAAAAUAACAACAAACAAAACCUGUUUUAGCACUUUGCAAAGAACACAUAAUAUGAUUUAAAGAGGCUAACUUUAUCUUAUUUACUUUAGCCCAGUUUAUAAUCUUUAUGAAACCUUUUUUAACAACACAGUAAGUGCCUCUCGACUGGAACUGUAAACCGAGCGAAUCUGUGUAUGUAAAUGAAUCACAACACAACAAUGAGGCUCACUGGUAAGACAGGGUGUCGUUGUGUCUUUAUCUGAAGGAUCUAAACUUAUGUUUUACUUUAAAUCUCUUUUACUGUGAUGCUUCUGCAUUGACACUGCUCUGUCAGUUCAACACAAUAUGAAGAUUAAACUGCAAUGUCAUGAAGGGCAACAGGAACAAUGUGAAUGCAUUCACUUUAUAAUAAAUCUCACUUUGGUGCUAUUUUUUUAAAUCCCUUUAACAAUAAUUAAGGUAAUUUUGUCACACGGGUGUCUUUAAAAAAAAAAGUAAGAUUGUGCUGGUCAGUAUGAAUAACAAAGGUUUUUAAUUCAGCUUUAAUAUAUGAUAAGCAAUAAUUGUGGAAAGCUAUAUUAUUAUUUACAGAUUAAUUGUUACAUUUUAUAACAUGUGUCGUGUCCCUCUUUCUCAUUAAAGCACUUCCU